AUGUCUAGCGUUCUCUUAGCAAUAUUGGACCCCAUUGAUUCUUUACUUCUUGCACCAGGCACCCUUAGCCAACCCAACAAGAGAUGGCACUCCGCUUUUGUGACCAUAUAUUCGGACUCUAAUUUCAAAAUUGAUCAAACAAGUCUCACUAAGCUCGUGAAAGACAAAAAUGUCGAAAACCUCGAAAACAUUGGAGGAGUUCUAAGAGUAGCAUCUACUCUUGAAACCAAUGUUGAAUUCGGGAUUCCUGCUGAUCUUGUAGACAUUGCUCACCGUCACGAGGCUUUUGGCCAAAACACCUAUGAAAGACCUCCUACAAAGAGCUUCUUCAAUUUCAUAGUGGAAGCCUUCAAGGAUCUUACCAUUUUCAUCCUUUUAGGAUGUGCUGCAUUAUCUCUUGCAUUUGGCAUAAAAGAGCAUGGAAUAAAAGAAGGAUGGUACGAUGGCGGAAGCAUAUUUGUUGCUAUAUUUCUUGUCAUUGUUGUUUCUUCCACAAGUAACUUUAGGCAAAAUAGACAAUUUGACAAGUUAUCCAAAGUCAGCAACAACAUCCAAGUUGAUGUUGUGAGAGCUGGGAGACGUCAACAGAUAUCGGUAUUUGAAAUUGUUGUUGGAGAUGUCGUUUGCUUAAAGAUUGGAGAUCAAGUACCGGCAGAUGGGCUAUUCUUAGACGGGCACUCAUUGCAAGUGGACGAAUCGAGCAUGACAGGGGAGAGUGAACCCGGAGAAGUAAAUUGCAGUCAUCCAUUUUUUAUUUCCGGUACAAAGGUUGUGGAUGGAUAUGCUCGAAUGCUUGUCACUUCGGUUGGCAUGAACACAACAUGGGGCGAGAUGAUGAGCUCAAUCAACCGAGACACCAACGAACAGACACCUUUACAAGCUCGCCUCAACAAGCUAACUUCAUCAAUAGGCAAGGUUGGUUUGGCAGUUGCAUUUCUAGUUCUCGUAGUCUUGUUGGUUCGCUACUUCACAGGAAAUACAGAAGAUGAGAAAGGCAAUAGGGAGUUCAAUGGCAGCAAGACCAAGGUCGAUGACAUAGUGAAUGCUGUAGUAAAGAUAGUAGCUGCUGCAAUUACUAUAGUUGUGGUUGCAAUUCCAGAAGGAUUGCCCCUCGCUGUCACGCUUACACUUGCUUAUUCCAUGAAGAGAAUGAUGGCGGAUCAGGCAAUGGUUCGGAAGCUUUCUGCCUGUGAGACCAUGGGUUCUGCCACCACCAUUUGUACUGACAAAACAGGCACUCUCACACUAAACCAAAUGAAGGUGACAAAGUUUUGGCUUGGGAAAGAAUCUUUUUUGGCAAAUGCUUACUCGUCAAUUGCUCCAUAUAUUCUUGAAUUGUUCCACGAAGGAGUUGCUUUGAACACAACUGGUAGUGUUUUCAGGCCUAAUUCAGGAUCUGUAAUCGAGUUCUCAGGCAGUCCCACUGAAAAGGCAAUUCUUUCAUGGGCUGUUCUGGAGCUAAACAUGGAAAUGAAGCAAUUGAAGCAAAGUCGAACAAUUAUUUUCAUCGAAGCAUUCAAUUCCAAGAAGAAAAGAAGCGGGGUCCUGAUGAGGAGAAUGGUAGACAACACAACCCAUGUACACUGGAAAGGAGCUGCAGAGAUGAUACUGAAGAUGUGUUCAAGCUAUUAUGAUGCUUCUGGAAUUAUUAAAUAUCUAGAUGACGGUGAGAAGAUGAAAUUUGAGAAAAUUAUUGAAGGUAUGGCAGCGAGCAGCCUCCGAUGCAUUGCUUUUGCGCAUAAAGAAGUUUCAGAAGAAUCUAAUGGAGAUGAUGAAGAAUGUAAAAAGCUAGAAGAAGAUGGUUUGACCCUUUUAGGAUUGGUGGGAAUUAAGGACCCAUGCCGUCCAGGGGUGAAGAAAGCUGUGGAAGAUUGCCAAUAUGCUGGUGUCAACAUCAAAAUGAUCACUGGAGACAAUAUUUUCACGGCUAAAGCUAUAGCCACUGAAUGUGGGAUACUAAUGCCUGGUCAGGACAUUCUCGGCGGAGCAGUAGUAGAAGGCGAGGAAUUUAGAAACUACACACCAGAGGAGAGACUGGAAAAGGUUGAUAAAAUUUGUGUGAUGGCAAGAUCCUCUCCCUUUGACAAACUUCUGAUGGUAGAAUGCUUGAAACAGAAAGGGCAUGUGGUUGCAGUUACAGGGGAUGGCACAAAUGAUGCACCGGCGUUAAAAGAAGCCGAUAUAGGACUUUCAAUGGGGAUUCAAGGAACCGAGGUAGCCAAGGAAAGCUCAGACAUCGUCAUUUUGGAUGACAAUUUUGCUUCCGUGGCCACAGUUGUCAUGUGGGGAAGGUGUGUCUAUAACAACAUUCAGAAGUUCAUCCAAUUCCAACUCACCGUAAAUGUUGCUGCUCUGGUGAUCAACUUUGUGGCAGCAGUUUCAGCUGGUGAGGUCCCGUUAACAACAGUGCAAUUAUUGUGGGUGAACUUGAUUAUGGACACUUUGGGUGCUCUGGCUCUUGCAACUGAGAAGCCAACCAAGGAGCUGAUGGAAAGACCGCCUGUCGGUUGGACUGAGCCACUUAUUACCAACAUUAUGUGGAGGAACCUCUUAGCCCAAGCUUUAUAUCAGAUAGCCAUCCUCUUGACCUUACAAUUUAAAGGUCAGUCCAUCUUUGAUGUGACUGAGAAGGUAAAAGACACUCUGAUCUUUAACACUUUUGUUCUUUGCCAAGUCUUCAACGAAUUCAACGCAAGGAAGCUCGAGAAGAAGAACGUCUUCAAGGGAAUACACAGGAAUAGGUUGUUUUUGGGGAUCAUUGCGAUAACAAUAGUUCUCCAGGUAGUCAUGGUAGAGUUUUUGAAGAAGUUUGCAGAUACAGAAAGGUUGAAUUGGGUGCAAUGGUGUUCAUGCAUUGGACUUGCAGCAGUAGCUUGGCCAAUCGGUUGGAUUGUCAAGUGGAUACCUGUUCCACAGAGACCAAUUUUCAGCUACCUAAAGAUGAAAAAGAUAUAAAAUGCUGCCACUCAAAUGCGCAUCUGGUCUCUUUUUAUACUAGUUUAGUUCUCCCAUUCUAUACCAAAUAUG